CGUGGAUUUUUUUCUAGUAAACUUUUCUUUAGAUUUUAUCAUCUAGCAGUUGAAUGCUUAAAAAAUAAAAACUAUAAUUGCUAUUUCUUCUUUCAAAUAUUUCAAUACUUGCAAAGGUAUUUCAUUUGACAUUGUGGGUUACCUACAAUGCGAAGAGAUGGCGCUGCCUUGCAGCCUAAGGCUAGAGAAAAUUCGACACGGCCGUCAGGGCCGCGGUAGCAUAAUGAUCAGUGCAAUGAUAGCGAAGGGUGCGGGUUCGAGUUCCGUCUGCUGCCUGGUCCGCGUGGAACUUUUUCUAGUAAACUCUUCUUUAGAUUUGAAAGUCGAAAGCUGUUUUUAUGUUAAAUGGUUGGCUAACAAGUAUGGUAAACGGCCACCAUAGCCUAUAGACGUUUGCAACACCAAAAAAAUCACCAGCAGUAUUGCCUACCCUGACCUAAUCCCCUACCCCAUGGAGCCCUGGAACCUUAAUCACCGACAGAAACACAACACCACCACAGGUAGAGUUAUUAUACUGUGGUCUUCUGUAAGACUUAUUCUUAUGAGCAAAGAAAUAUUAUGUUGUUGAUGCUGCUCUUCUGUCGAAUGGGUAAAACAUUUUUUUUUUAAUUCUAAUUUGCCUAAAGUCUUUUGUAGCCACAAUUCAAAUGCUUUCAAUUGUGGCGACAAAAGACUUGAGGCAAAUUAGAAUUAAUCAAAUGUACACUGGCGUCGACUCCGACACGAUUGUCUUAAACUAAACUUAAAUUUGAUAGCACUCAGUCCUUGUUAUUCGCUAUACAGAAUGAAAAGGAGAGGCUGAUGUUAAAUUGAUUUUUAAGUUCAGGGAAUCAUGUCGACACCUAUCCCUAUAUAAAUACAAGUUAUUGCCCGUCCUCCCUGUAUGAUUCAAUCGUUAAGAGAGAAAGAUAUACACCUAUUUACUAAAUUUAGUACUUCAAAAACUUUGUUUAGGUAUUUAAGGUCCGUUACUCCAUAAUUCAGAGAGCAUCAAUACUUUAAAAUCUUCGUUUACAACAGGUUCAUAAGUGAGUAUGUCUUUCUUCGUUAAAAUUGACCACGUAACUCAAAUAGGAGCGAGGGGUGACUUUGAUCGAUAUUUAUGUAGUUGCGUGGUCGCCGUGGUUUGACUCAUGCCAACAGCAAGUCCAGUUAAGGCUACAAAAAGAAAUCGCUAAACGUUAAACCAGACAAGGAAGUAGGGGAAAUUUCCUUUACGCAUUUUUCAUAAAUAUAAAAUAACAUUUAUUGUUUUCAAUUAUAUUUUGCCUUAUUUGAUGUAACAACUACGGUAUCGUAGUUAAUAUAAAAAAGUCUUGUGAAUGGAUAGGUAGGUACAGAGUCCGACUAAGGAUUUUACAAUAUUUGAUUUAUAUUUGAAAUAUAUACCGUGCAAACACUAUUAGGUUAAUCCGAAAAACCAAGGCUUUAUAAAGGUUUUUAAUCGAAAUUGAAUCGUCUUUAAUACGAAUGUUACUUUCGUUAAAUUUUAUUUAAAAUUAUAUACCUACCUAAUUUAAUUUCAAAAAUUGCUAACUUUCUUCGUGCUUAAACUAAAACUAAAAAUAAAAUUGGCAAAACGAUCACACCACAAAUCAAACUCGACACGUGCCACCGCAAAUUUAAUCAUUACCUUUUCCAAAGUCACACUUGAUUAGUACAGACAUAAUACUUAUUAACAAUACCCUUGAAAGCGUCAAACACAAUCGACCACCAACAAACCUUGUCAAACAAAAAAAUAAAUAGAAACAAAACACCACCAAUUACAGAGGGACUCAGUGAAGUGUCACCAGUGCUCAGUGAAGUGGAGUGUUUCUGGAACUAUGGAGUGACGCGGCCGGCACCAUGUACCGCCCGAACUUCUACGAGAGCACCUGCUUUAGGUGCAACGAGAUCGUCUACCAAGUGGACAGGGUCGGGCCCCUGAAGGACUUCACGUUCUUCCACAGUGGAUGUUUCAAGUGCGCAGUGUGCGGUACCAAGUUGACUUUGAAGACGUACUACAACAACCAGCACUGGACCGAAGACAAAGAAGUAUACUGCUCAAGUCAUGUCCCUAAGAUUGGACCUGGCCACUUGGACAACUCGUCUGUAGGCAUCCGGAGCGCCCUGAAUGUGCCCAAGAGCAACAACUACGUCAACGAGCAGAUCCGAGGGUUGGCCAGAAAUAGCCAUGACAGCGAACUUUCCCCGAUUCGCGCGACGAACGGAGGCAGCGUACACGCGUCGCCUGCGCGAGACAUCGCCCGCGACACACCGGACUACCAGUACGGACGGUUCGACGCCAGCGCACUGCACAUCGCACACGCGCUCAAACAGACCGAGCUGCAGAAGGCCUACCACAGGCCGCGGGAGAAGCCCAUAGACUGCUACCUGGAUCGAGAUGAACAAACCAAAUUGGAAAUGAAGCACAGGCAAGAAGAAGAUGACCUAUAUAGAAAAUUCUCAAAACACCGCGAAGAAGAAAAUAGAAGGAUACGGGAGGAAAUACAGAAUGAGUGGGAGAGAGAGCUCGAGAGACUGACGAGCCGGUUCCAGCAAGAAAUGCAGGUGAAGAAACGUCGUCCGGACGCAGAGAUAGGCGCCCUCACGCUGAGGCACCAGCAGGAGAGAGCGGACCUAGAGAAGAACAUGACGUUAAGAAGGGACAAGAAGAAGGAGAGCUUAACGAGAAAAAUGUUGGAGCAUGAGAGAGCUGCAACGGCGGCACUAGUCGAGAAGCAGAGCCACGAGAUGAUGGAAUUGAUCCAGGAGCGACGCUCGGAGUACAUGGCAGGCUCGUCCCUCUACCUUGAUGGGGAGGAAGCGCCCCCGUACCCGUCGCGAGCGCCGGCGCCCCAACCGCCCCUCGUGUCCAAGUUCCACAUCUAUACGGACCCGGCGGAAUUCGCGGAUGUCGACAAAAUUGCUAUCUCGGUAGCGCAAGAAGACCAAAAAACAUUCACAGACCUAGUCCGGCAGCUAGUAGGACGAUGCGCCACCGACGUGGAGAAGGCGAGGACCAUCUUUCGUUGGAUCACCGUGAAGAACCUCAACAACAUACAGUUUGAUGAUAAUUUACGAGGAGAUUCGCCCCUGGGACUUCUUAGAGGCAUCAAACACGGCACAGAGAGUUACCACGUACUAUUUAAGAGAUUGUGCAGCUACGCAGGCCUUCAUUGCGUAGUGAUCAAGGGGUACAGCAAAUCAGCUGGCUACCAGCCCGGCGUGCGGUUCGAAGACAAUAGAUUUAGAAACUCUUGGAAUGCAGUAUACGUUGCGGGCGCGUGGAGAUUCGUGCAAUGCAACUGGGGCGCCAGGCAUCUGGUCAACGCUAAAGACGCGCCUAAACCUGGAAAUAGAGGGAAGAGCGAUAGUCUAAGAUAUGAGUACGACGACCACUACUUCCUGACGGACCCGCGCGAGUUCAUCUACGAGUUCUUCCCGCUGCAGGCGGACUGGCAGCUGCUCAAGACGCCCAUCACGCUGCACGACUUCGAGGAACUGCCCUUCGUGCGCUCCCUGUUCUUCAGAUACGGGCUGUACUUCAGUGACCCGAACACUAAGGCAGUCAUGUAUACCGACUCCACAGGUGCGGCGACUAUGCGUAUAGCCAUGCCGGCACACAUGCAGAGCUCACUCAUCUUCCACUACAACCUCAAGUUCUACGACACGGAGGGCGACGGCUUUGACGGCGUCAGCCUCAAGAGAUUCGUAAUGCAGUCAGUGGUGGGCAACGUGGUGUCGUUCCGCGUGCACGCGCCCUGCAGCGGCGCGUUCCUGCUGGACAUCUUCGCCAACGCGGUCACGCCUCGCGAGUACCUCACCGGCGAGCCCAUGAAGUUCAAGAGCGUUUGCAAGUUUAAGAUCUGCUGUGCGGAGCUGCAAACGGUAAUGGUGCCAUUACCGGACUGCGCGAGCGGCGAGUGGGGCCCUACCAAAGCGACUAGACUCUUCGGUCUAGUACCAAUCACACACCAGGAAGCGUUAGUAUUCGCCGGACGCGAGCUCGAGAUUCAGUUCCGCAUGUCGCGACCCCUGGCCGACUUCAUGGCGACGCUGCACAAGAAUGGUGUGGACGAGAAACGACUCUCCAAGUAUGUGCAGCAGAACGUCUCUGACGACAUCGUCUCGUUCUACAUCACGUUCCCUGAGGAAGGUCAAUACGGGCUAGACAUCUACACAAGAGAGCGAGGGGGACCCACAACCAUUCACCAAAACGGCUCCACGGAAAAGGAGAAACAUCUUCUAACGCAUUGCUGCAAAUACCUCAUAAACAGCAGCAAGAGAAAUUAACCACACGACAAUAUCAUUAUAGUCAUUGACAUAGAAGACAUUCUAAAUAUUUGUUUCUUAGGUUUUCACACACACCACCCAUUAUAUAAAAACAUGUUUCAACGGUAUAGAUGCACUGAUUUAUUUAUUUAUGACGUUU